AUGGUUCAUUUGGGUCCAAAGAAACCACCUGCAAGAAAGGGCUCUAUGAUCGAUGUCCCAGAAGAAUUAAUUGAACAAAUUCAUGGGUUAGAAACUAUUUUCAGGGCUACUCCAGAAAAAUUACAAGCUGUCACUAAGCAUUUCAUUAGUGAAUUAGAUAAAGGGUUGUCCAAGAAAGGUGGUAACAUCCCAAUGAUUCCAGGUUGGGUUGUUGAAUAUCCAACUGGUAAAGAAACUGGUGAUUAUUUAGCUAUCGAUAUGGGCGGCACUAAUUUCAGAGUCGCGUUAAUUAAAUUAGGUGGUGAUCAUACUUUUGACACUACUCAAUCAAAAUAUAAAUUACCAGAUGAAUUGAGAACUACUCAACAUCCAGAAGAAUUAUUUGCAUUUUUAGCUGAUUGUAUUGAAUCCUUCUUAGAAGAACAAUUCCCAGAUGGUGUUACUGGUACUUUACCAUUAGGUUUCACUUUCUCAUACCCAGCUUCUCAAAACAAGAUUAACGAGGGUAUCUUACAAAGAUGGACUAAAGGGUUUGAUAUUCCAAAUGUAGAAGGCCAUGAUGUGGUUCCAAUGUUGAAGAAACAAUUAGCAAAGAGAAAGUUACCUGUCGAUGUUGUUGCUUUGAUUAACGAUACCACUGGUACUUUAGUUGCUUCCUUGUAUUCUGACCCAGAUACCAAGAUGGGUGUUAUUUUCGGUACCGGUGUCAAUGGUGCUUAUUAUGAUAUGGUUAAGAACAUUCCAAAGUUGGAAGGAAAGUUAGCUGAUGAUAUUCCAGCCAAUGCUCCAUUUGCCAUUAAUUGUGAAUAUGGUUCUUUUGAUAAUGAACACGUUGCUUUACCAAGAACUAAAUAUGAUGUUAUGGUUGAUGAACAAUCUCCAAGACCAGGUCAACAAACUUUCGAAAAGAUGUCUUCUGGUUACUACUUAGGUGAAUUAUUACGUUUGGUUUUAGUUGAUCUGCAUGCUCAAGGCUUUAUCUUGAAGGAUCAAGAUUUAACUAAAUUAAACGUCCCAUACUGUAUGGAUACAUCUUAUCCAUCUAGAUUUGAAGAUGAUCCAUUUGAAAAUUUGGAAAAUGUUGCUGAAAUCUUUGAAAAAGACUUCGGUAUUAAAACUACUUCUCCAGAAAGAAAAUUGAUCAGAAAAUUGUCUGAAGCUAUUGGUUUAAGAUCUGCCAGAUUAUCUGUUUGUGGUAUUGCUGCUAUUUGCCAAAAGAUGGGUUAUGAAACUGGUCAUAUUGCUGCUGAUGGCUCUAUCUUCAAAAUGUACCCAGGUUUCCCAGAAAAGGCUGCCUUAGGUUUAAAGGAUAUUUAUGGAUGGAAAGAAACUGAUCCAAAGAAGAUGCCUUUGAGACUUGUCGAUGCUGAAGAUGGUUCCGGUGCCGGUGCCGCCAUCAUUGCUGCUUUAGCCGAAAAAAGAUUGGCUGCUGGUAAGUCAGUUGGUUUAAUCGGUGCUUAA